AUGCGCCUUACAGCCGACCUCAUAGAGCAGAGCGGGGAGCAAAUGAUCACCCCAGCUGGUGAUAGGGCUCUGGUCCUACGUGGAUUGAAGAUUCCUGUGAUGGAGAAUCUGAGUGCUACUAAGGACCAUUACGACUGUCUGGAUUUGACGGACAAUGAUAUAGCGAAGAUACCGAAUGAGAGCGCGCCCCUAAUGCGGCUACGUACUCUGAUGCUGGCCAACAACCGCAUCACCCGCAUAGGCUCCACGUGCUUUGAAAACAUGCCUAAUCUGACCAGUGUGGUCCUCACGAACAACCGCAUAGAAAAGCUGCGGGACCUCUACCCCUUGGCCCAGUUACGGCAUUUGGAGCGCCUCACUGUGUUGGACAACGAAGUUUGCAAUGCACAGCAUUACCGACUUUUCCUCAUACACAUACUGCCUAAGACCGUACGGUUCAUAGAUUUCUCUAGGGUGAAGGAUAAGGAGCGCGAGGCGGCAGCGAAACUGUUCGGUGGCCCAGAGGGGGAGAAAUUCCUUCUUAAAAUCGCCCCUAAGCUUACCCAAGAUGAGGAGGGCAAGGCGGAGGCAAACGGCAAGGAGAAUAUCCCGAAUGGUACGGCUGCUGCUGAUAAGGGGUUACUCCUAUCUCACAUUAAAGAGGCUAUUGAGGCGGCGUCGUCGAUGGAAGAGGUCACUCAGUUGGAGAAAGCCCUAAGGACAGGAGAGAUCCCUCCCGAGAUCGAGGCACGGCUUGCUCCCUCCUCCUCCACUUCGACGGCCGGUAAAGACGUUUAAUAAUGUUCUGUUGCGGCAUCGUCGGCUGGCCCCUG